GCAGUUCUGGGAGCCGCCUUCGCCAUGGCGACUUACGUGAGCGAGCUGGAGGUGGCUAAGAAGAACUUAAGCGAGGCGCUGGGCGAGAAUGUGAAGCAAUACUGGGCUAAUUUAAAGCUGUGGUUUAAGCAGAAGAUCAGCAAAGAAGAGUUUGACCUAGAAGCUCGAAGGCUCCUCACACAGGACAAUGUCCAUUCACACAAUGAUUUCCUCUUGGCUAUUCUCACACGAUGCCAGAUCUUGGUUUCUGCACCUGAGGGUGCUGGCUCUCUGCCAUGGACUGGAGGUUCUGCAACCAAACCUGGCAAGCCCAAAGGGAAGAAAAAGUUUUCAUCUGCUCGACAGAAGUUUGAUCACCGGUUCCAGCCACAGAAUCCAUUGUCUGGAGCCCCACAGUUUAUGGCCAAGGACCCCCAAGAAGAGGAUGACCUGAAGCUGUGUUCGCAUACAAUGAUGCUUCCCACUUGGGGCCAGCUGGAGGGAAGGAUGAUCGUCACCGCUUACGAGCAUGGCCUGGAUAAUGUCACUGAAGAGGCUGUGACGGUCGUUGUCUAUGCUGUGGAGAAGCAUCUUAAGGAUAUCUUAGCAUCAGUAAUAUCCAGGCGAAAGUCCUACCGCCUGAGGGAUGGUCACUUCAAGUAUGCCUUUGGAAGCAACGUCAAUCCACAGCCGUACCUGAAGAACAGUGUCGUCAUUUACAACAAUCUAACGGAAUGCCCUCCCACCUGCUUAGCGCCCCCUCCUGGUCAGAACCUGGCUUCCCACCCUCUUCCUGAUGAUGCCGAGCAGCAGGCUGCUCUCCUGCUAGCCUGUUCCGGGGACACUGCACCAGCAGCUCUGCCACCUGUGAAUAUGUAUGACCUCUUUGAGGCAUUCCAGAUCCACCGAGAAGUGGUCCCUGCUCACACUGUCUAUGCUCUCAAUAUUGAACGAAUCAUCUUGAAGCUCUGGCAUCCGAACCAUGAAGAGCUGCAGCAAGACAAAAUCCACCGGCACCGCUUGGCGGCAAAGGAAGGGCUCCCGAUGUGCUGAGGCCAACAGUCGUAAUUCUUGGAUCUGGGCGUCUGGACUUUGCGUAGCUGUGCCAGCGUUUCCCAGUGGAAACGUGGAUGUCUUUCCUAUGGAAAUAUGACUUGAGAUGCAGGAGAGUGUUGUGUUUGCUAGCAGAAAGCCACAUGGCCAAAAAAUCCCACCAAAAGCCCCCCAAACAACCUGGUGCCCUGUCUUCCUUAAGGACUAUACUGCUUCGUUAGGCAGUGGCCUUUAACCAAAGUGAGUGCAAAUAGUUCUGAAAAAGCUUUUGUUGUUUCAGUCAAGGAAAGAUGGGGAAUUGUGGAAUCCUGUGUUGUUGCUUUGUUUCUGUUGUUUUUGAACAGAUGUGAAGAACUGUAGUCAACAGGCCGCCAGUUCCUGCACUGGGGGAUGCACUGAACAGUUGGCCAGUUAUUAGGGUAACUGUGUUUGAACCUCAGUCCUGGGCUGCCUGGGCAAUCAACAUGCACUUGGCAAAGAGGUUUCUGUGAUGCUGAUUUAUGACAAACGGGCCAAAUGCUAUUCCAUGAUAAUAAACUCAUUUGCAAGGCAA